GUUAGCAUUCUGGUAAGUUAUGUUUUUGGGGCUUUGAAUAUUAGGGCUAUAUAAAUAACCCUCUAGUCAACUUGUGCAAUAGAUAACGCAGAUCUCGUUCAUCAUUUUGCAUGUUAGAUCAUUUUUCAUUAUGAAGCUUACCAGUAUUAGUUUCGCAAAACAGGGGUUUGAGGCAGUCACGUGUGUUUGUUUAUAAAGAAGCACAACGAGCAAUAUGGGAGCUUUGUAAGAAACAUCUUGGUGGACAAACCCAAUGACCAGUCCUCCAGGUGGUCGUCUGAGAGCAACUACCCUCCACAGUACUUAAUGUUGAAAUUGGAACGGCCAUCAAUCGUUCAGAGCAUCACCUUUGGGAAGUAUGAGAAGACUCACGUGUGUAACCUGAAGAAGUUCAAAGUGUUUGGUGGGAUGAGUGAAGAGAACAUGACAGAACUCCUGUCCAGUGGCCUGAAAAAUGACUACAACAAGGAGACCUUCACCUUGAAGCACAAGAUUGACGAACAGAUGUUUCCCUGCAGAUUUGUUAAAAUAGUGCCUCUGAUGUCUUGGGGGCCCAGUUUUAACUUCAGUAUCUGGUACAUUGAGCUGCAUGGCAUAGAGGAACCUGACUUAGUGCAGCCCUGCCUUAACUGGUACAGCAAGUACCGGGAACAGGAAGCGAUCCGCCUGUGCCUGAAGCACUUCCGGCAGCAUAACUACACAGAAGCCUUUGAGUCGCUGCAGAAGAAGACACGCAUCGCGUUGGAACACCAAAUGCUGACACACCUCCAUGACCGUCUGGUACUCCGGGGAGACUUUGAUGCCUGUGAGGAGCUCAUCGACAAAGCCGUCAAAGACGGUUUAUUUAACCAGUACAUCAGCCAGCAAGAGUACAAGCCAAGAUGGAGUCAGAUCAUCCCUAAGAGUAACAAAGGUACAGCCUCGCAAGAGCCAAGCCCAGAUGACAUGAACAGUGAGACAAGCUACUCAAGUAAUGAGGACGACAACAGACCAGGGAUGAGGGGAGGUCAUCAGAUGGUCAUCGACGUUCAGACAGAGACGGUGUAUCUUUUUGGGGGCUGGGACGGCACACAGGACCUGGCUGACUUCUGGGCCUACAGUGUUCAGGAGAACCAGUGGAUCUGCAUCUCCAGAGACACAGAGAAGGAGAGUGGUCCCAGUGCGCGGUCCUGUCACAAGAUGUGCAUCGACAGUCAGCGGCGGCAGAUCUACACACUCGGCCGCUACCUAGACUCCAGCGUCAGGAACAGCAAGUCUCUGAAGAGUGACUUCUACCGCUACGAUGUCGACGCUAACACCUGGACACUGCUCAGCGAGGACACGUCAGCCGACGGCGGGCCCAAGCUCGUCUUUGACCACCAGAUGUGUAUGGACUCGGAGAAGCACAUGAUCUAUACGUUUGGCGGACGGAUUCUGAUGUGUAACGGCAGUGUGGAGGACAGCAGGACGUCCGAGCCCCAGUUCAGUGGGCUGUAUGCCUUCCACUGCCAGGCCGGAACAUGGAGCCUGCUCAGAGAAGACUCCUGCAACGCUGGGCCUGAGGAUGUCCAGUCACGCAUCGGACACUGCAUGCUCUUCCACACUAGGAAUCGUUGUCUGUAUGUGUUCGGAGGUCAAAGGUCAAAGACGUACCUGAAUGACUUCUUCAGCUACGACGUGGACGGGGACCAUGUGGAGAUCAUCUCAGACGGAACCAAGAAGGACUCCGGCAUGGUGCCGAUGACGGGCUUCACCCAGAGGGCCACCAUAGACCCAGAGCUGAAUGAGAUCCACGUCCUGUCUGGCCUCAGCAAGGAUAAGGACAAACGAGAGGAGAACGUUCGUAACUCCUUCUGGAUCUAUGACAUCGCACGCAACAACUGGUCGUGUGUGUAUAAGAAUGACCAGGCGGUGAAGGAGAACCCCAGUAAAGCUCUACAGGAGGAGGAGCCCUGUCCACGCUUCGCACACCAGCUGGUCUACGACGAAAUGCACAAGGUACACUACCUGUUUGGAGGAAACCCAGGGAAGUCGUGCUCUCCUAAGAUGCGUCUGGAUGACUUCUGGUCCCUCAAGCUGUGUCGCCCCUCCAAGGAGUACCUGCUCCGACACUGCAGAUACCUAAUCAGGAAGUACAGGUUUGAGGAGAAGGCCCAGUCAGAGCCUCUGAAUGCUCUGAAGUACCUGCAGAACGACCUCUCUCUGACCGUGGACCACACCAACCCUGAUGAGACCAAAGAGUUCCAGCUCCUGCCCUCGGCUCUCUUCAAGUCUAGCUCUGACUUCAUCCCUCUGGGUUUCUCAGACGUGGACCAGACGUAUGCCCAGCGCACGCAGCUCUUUGACAUGCUCGUCAACUUCUUCCCGGACACCAUGACCCCACCCAAGGGUAACCUCGUUGACCUCAUCACACUCUAGCCCCGCCCCACAACCCUAUGCACCACCACCAUAAGCCAAUAAGACUCUGAUUGGCCGGCCCAAAGCCAAACUUAAUAUUUUUCUACACUUGACCCUUCCAAAUUCAGUGGUGCUCUGCUCGCGGACUGCACUUGUUGACCCCCUCUAUAGGACGUUGGUUCUUCAACAACUAAAACGGAAAAUGAGGGUCAGGCCACUUGUGAUCUAAAGGGGUUGAUACUGAAUAUCACUGUGUGAAAAAGAAGAAAAUAAACUCCUGAUAGUCUUUGUUUAAUAAACUGAUUUAACAGGGCAAAAAUAACCCAGAAUUCUGCCAAACAUAUCUGUGAUAACUGAUUUGAUUUGUGAGGUUUACAUUACUUUUACACGCUGCGUUUGAGUUUGCUUGGCAUUAGUAGCCUGUUAGAUCAAGGAGGAGUCUCUUAUUUUCCGCUCGGUCUUGCAUCCGUCUCUCUCUGACACUCACUCACACAAACCUGCUUGUGAAAGUAGUUGUUACGUAAUGACACCCUGUCAGUGCGUUGUACGUUGAAUAUACCGUCAACCAAGUUCAUGCUUUUGUUUGCUUGCUCUGCCUGUAUUAUUGGUGGCCAUAUUAUAUACCCCAUAUUUAUAAUUGUCUGCCAUGCUGUUUCACACUGUGUCAAAAUGUUGAUUGUGUUAUAUAGAAACAAUAGAAUAAUGAUCCUAAGAGACAAUUUAUAUGUCAAAUGAAGUUAAGUCAAUUAAAUCCUCUAUCAAUGUAAAAUUCAGUCAUGAGUUUGGGGGGAAAACAUUGUCAAGUUGUCAAAAGCCUGGGAUUCUGGUAAUGGCUACUGUAGCUUUAGUGUGAUGUAACCAUGGUUAUGUCACUGAGGCAUGGUGGGAAAUGUAGUCUCCAAGUAUGAAUGUUAUUUUUUAAACUCACUCCCCAUCUUGUAAGAGAACUGCAACAUGAUGGUUCUGCUGUAUCAGGGAGUUUUUUUAAUGUACAAACACACAUCUGUACACAUAUGAUCUCAUUGGCUGGGAUGUAUCUCACUUUGACGAUGGAAGUUAUUUUAUGGAAGGAAGAAUGAAUGAUUGCUUUCAUUGAGGGAGAGCCCAGUCUCCCCCUUAAGAGAUGGCCUGAUUACUGGGUUCUCUCUGUUUCUCAUGCAAACAGUGAUGACAGGACAUUCUUCAUUUCUGACCUAAAGAAAUACAGAACACUAGAUUUCAUUCUUACUCAGAAUAAGGCGAUAGGAGCAUUUUACAAGUGAUCUCUAACACCAAGUUAUCAAAUGGUAUCUGUCUUGUGGCUCCAGCCAAAGUUUUAAUGUACAGGAAAUGUUUUUGAUUGGUUCAUAAUCAUUAUGCUGGAACUGAGGAUGCCCUUUGAUAUAGCUUGUGUGUGUUUGUCUCGGAUCGCCAGGGUAUUUUGUCUAGUCCACCUGUGUAACAUAAUACAAACAUUUGCCUCAUAUUGUUUUUCCAUUAAUCUCAGUAGGAGAGAUGAUUGAAGUGAUCCCCUUUUCCCUCCUCAAGAAUAGUAGCAGCCUAGUCUUCCAUUAAUCUCAGUAGGAGAGAUGAUUGAAUUGAUCCCCUUUUCCCUCCUCAAGAAUAGUAGCAGCCUAGUCUUCCAUUACAUUGUGUGUAUUGUCUAUAUAUUUAGCAUUUUUCUGAGACAGCUGUACAGUAUGCAGAGUACACUCUAGGCAAAGGCCUAUGGAGUCUGUGAAAUAUCCAUCCCCAUUUGUUUCGAGAUCAAUCAACUCCACUAUCAGAUAACCAGAGAGGGAGGGACUAUUCACAUUCAAGGAGACAAACACUUAGUGCUUGAGUCGUGUCGGGUGGUAGAGCCAAACUUUAGACAUGCUUUUUCUUGUCAAAUCCUUACAAAAUCCUUGAUCAAAAUCCUAAUCAAAUUGGCAGAUUGUACACUACGUCCCAAUAGAUUCAUUACAUCUGGUUCAAGACUUCUGAUCUUAUUGUUAGGUGAGUGAUCAGAUCCGAUUUCUCUGUUCGUUUGCACUCAUGUCCUCAGUAAUCAGAAUUAGAUUAAUUUGAAUCACAAUCAUUUCUGUGUGCGUUUGCUGCUUGUGUGCAAGGUGCACACCCCUGUAUGCUUACAGUGUGUGUGUGUGUGUGUGUGUGUUUGUGCUUGUUUGUGUCUGUUUGCUAAUGGUUGUCUUCUGCUGCCACCAUAUUAAGCUUAGUAGAUAUUAGCUCUCUGACCUGGGAUCCAGAGAGAAAGUGUCAUACUUACCAUCAUAGAUUUGUAAUAAAACCUGUUAUUUAGGCCGUACUCAUUAUUUAUGGUCGUUGUCACAGAAUAGAAGACUUUUGAGAUUGACUUUUGCGGUGGUUUCUUUUUUUGUCAGAAAUAAAAGAUAAGCUUUAAGAAAACAUGAAAGAAGCACCUUUGCAGAAAAUAUAUAUAUCACAAUGCCAAAUACAUUUUAUUUUUGGGAGCGGAAGGAAAUUAUAAUUUUCAGGUAAAUGGAAUGUUCUUCAUCUGCACCCUCUUCUCCCCUACUGGGACUCAUGAGUAUGUGGGGUACUCUAGAGUGCGUGAAUGAGCACUACUCUGUGGAUAACGUGAAUGUGUAGAGAGCCUAUUGUAGAAUUGCAUUGUAUGUAAUGUACAUAACGAAUAAAGAUUGUAUUUUGUUCAGGUUUUCAUAAAUAAAUGACUCCGGUCUUUUGAUUUGUUUGUAACCAGUUGGGAUGCAACUA